AUGUCAUUGGUCAAAGCCGUUCAGUUGUAUGCAUCGUUACAACUUGUUUAUGUGACAGAAGCCGAUUUGCCGAGUGCACGUAAUAAUGCUGGUGAUUUCAUUCAUUCUGUUAUGAAUUAUUCAUUAGAAACAGCUGCUAAACCGACAAUUGUUGUUAUUUUUGAUCGCAACUUCGACCGGGAAGAUAAAACACAACAAUUAAUAAAUCAAUUCCAAAAUUUUUAUUCAGAUAAAAAAUGGCCGCACGUUUAUUGGACAACCGUUCCAUUGUUCAAUGAAGCGAACAAUUUGGACACAUUUACAAUGAGUUAUCGUGCUGAACGUUUAAAGCCAACAAUAGCCAUUAAUGAAAUCAAUUUGAAAAUUACAGCCAAUCCACAGAUAGAUCCGGACAAAAUUGCUCGUAAUGCCUAUGAUGAGAGCUUUGGCUCGAUCCCGCCGAGUGGUGAAAGUAUUCUGAAAUAUGUUCUCGAUAUCAAUCGUUAUUAUUUAGAACUAGCACUUGAUAAGGUUUCGGUAAGCAAAGAAAAUAUUGUUUCAACACAAAUUCAACUACUUCAAAAAGUAAUAAGUGAUUGUGUAAACGCAGCUGUAAAUACCGUCAAAGAUCACGAAUGUCGUAAUGUACACACCGUUUACCGAAACAUUGUAACUCAACUGUGUGCAACUGUGCCUGGAUUUGAGCUUUCACCUAUGAUAGGAAUAUCGGCUGAAAUAAAAAACCCUGCUCAGUUUAAACAAAGCUUUCAACAAAUGAUACAAAGCAAAGAACGUAUGCAGAAAGAAAUUACAUUACGUGAAAGCGAAUUCAAUCACGAGGCAAUAAAAUCAUGUCGCUCAUUAAUUACUCAACGUCUUGGCUGCCAGGCUUGUUGUCCUGGAUGCGGUGCAAAAUGUAGUAAUACAGAAUCAGGCCAUCAACAUCACAAAAGUUCAUAUCAUAUUGCAAUGGCCUUCAAAGGAUGGCGUUGGAUGCAUAAUAAUACACCAACUUUGGAAUUAUGCUAUCAGGAAUGGUUAACCGGUUCCCUUAUAGUUGGCGGUGUAACAUUCACACCGCGCAGAAAAUAUUAUGUAGAUCGAGUACCAGAAUGGUUAAAUGACAUAGAUGAAAAAUCAAAAACAGCUGAUUUGCGAAAUGAAAAUAUUCCACCUAUAGAACAACGACGUGCGUGGAUGGCUGUCCGACAUGAAGUAAUUCAACGGUAUGGUAUGAUCGAUUUGCCAUCAUAUAAUGCGUCGCAUUAUCCACAAGUGAUUUCAAGCCUUCCUGCUGGUUUUACUCCAACAUGGAAAUACACAUAA